ACCCAGAUCCACUGUCAGCUCAUGCCUGGUCUCUAUCAGUUACACCAAACCACUCAAUCCCCCUCUCUCUUUCUUCUCCUGUGGUACUUUCCUUUUUCCUGCUCAGUUUGACUUUCUUUUCACAUUUGCCUGCUUAAUCGGUAAAAGCACAGUUUUCCUCUUACUUCACCAUGGCCCAGAAACAAAAUAAAUCCCAGCCUACUGAGGUCCCACAGGAACCCCCUCAAAACUCAGAAACUCCAGAGGAAGGAAAUGCAAAGAAGGAAGAGCAAGAAGAAUUGCCCCCUUUUGAGAUAGUUGAAGGGAGCCGCAUUCCCGCUUCUUCCUUUAUGUUCCAGUUCAAGAAUGUGGAGUAUAGUUCUGGCAGGAAUAAGACUCUGUUAUGCUACACUGUAGAACGAGGAGAAGGGCAGGUGUUUCGGGGGUACCUGGAAGAUGAGCAUGUCUCCGCCCAUGCAGAGGAAGCUUUCUUCACCAAUGUCCUUCCACAGUUUCUAACCUCUGGCCCAGUACGCGUCACCUGUUACGUAUCAUCCAGUCCCUGCGUUAAUUGUGCUGCCGCCAUUGCUCGAUGCCUAAAACGCAAUAAGACUUUGAAACUUUACUUGGUGGUGGCACGUCUCUUCCAGUGGGAAGAGUCAGAAAUUCGAGGGGCAUUGCGUGCCAUCAAAUCAGCUGGGUGCCAGCUGCAGAUGAUGAAGGGUGGUGAUUAUGCACAUGUAUGGCAAAACUUUGUGGAGCCAGACAUAGUGCUGAAUGAAGAAGGUGAAGUUGAGCAAAAGAGUGAAGAAGGAGUCUUCAUUCCCUGGGAAGAUUUAGAAGAGAAUGCCAGAUAUUAUGAAGAGAAAUUAGGAGAGUUAUUGAGAUAGCGGUGCUACUUCUGAUGCCAGUGUAUGGCUGGGAAGCAGAUAUUCUUGGAGUAGCGUGUUUUUUAUUUUUAUUACAGUGUUACUUUGGAUUCUCAAAUAUGUUCAGCUUGCUUCAAUCACUUUCUCAUCCAUGGACAUAUUUAUUAAAUGUUUUUUGUUUUUUUUUUCAAAUAAAAGAGAUGUUUUCAUUGUAGUAUUCAUCAAAUGUAUAUUAGGGAAUUGAUGUUAAUUAUAAAUUAUUGGCAUAAUGGCAGAAAGUGCUUGGAUAAGAAGUAUAUAGAGUUACAUUGGUGCAGUGGUUGUUAGUGUGUUCCUUUUCCCGCGUUUUUUUAUAAAUAAUAAUAAUAAUAAUUGAUAUGCCUAUUUUUAAUAACUACUCCCUUCUUUAAAAAAAAAAAAAAAUGCCUAUAUAGACUUUCAGUGUACAUAAGAAGUUAUUUAAUGAAUAAAUUGGAAGCCCAAGAAACAUAUUGGAGUAAAUGUAAUAGGGUGCGAGAAGCCAGACGGUGCAGGAGUUUGGGCACCACAAGUGGCCUUCAGCACUGUACAGAGGGCAAAACAAAAUGACAGUGUAGGGUAAAACAGUGCAGUACAGAGAACCAUACAAUAAAGUAGACAAGUAACAUAUAGCACUACAACUCUCAGUACAGCCACUGAUGCAAGGGAUGCAAUGAAAAUGAUCGGUAACCUAUUAGCGUGGGCUGAGAAGAAAUAGAAACAAUGAAGGAGUGUAGUCCGGGCACAGAGAGCCCAAAGAGGAGCUAUAGAGUAUAACUUGUGUGUAACAAAAGUAGGUAAUGACAACAGGAGGUAGGAGGGCUCUGCUCAUUGAGCUUACAAUCUAAAGAAAAGGGGGAGACUAAAGGCCCCCAUACACUACAGCGAUAUGUCUGAGGCUGAAGUCGGAGGCGAUUUCCCUUGAACUCUCCCGGGAGCUUCCCAGAACUGGUACCAUACGAUUCCAUAUGAUUUGGUACAUUUUGCAUGCGAUAUAUCGUAUGCGAUCCCAGCCAUGCCUGCGGGAACCGACAUAUCACGAGUGCAGCACUAACGAUCUAGGGGAGCCAAUCUGAACCUCACGGGAACGCGGAUCGGAUCGGAAACACAUCCAAAAUGCCCGAUUUCACCCGAUAUAUCAGCCCGAAUGCCCAAAAUUGGAUGAAAUCGGGCAUUAUCUUUCUAGUGUACGGGGCCCUUUACAGAGCAAAUGUAAGAGGAUCUAAGGACAGGAAGCAGGAGUUGGAGAAUUAGAGGUAGACUACGUGAUGACAUGGAUAAGUGGUUGAUGGAUAUGCAUUUAUAAACAGGUGGGUUUUCGGUGCCCGCUUGAAGGAAUACAGGCUGGGGCAUAGUCUGAUGGAACGAGGGAGAUCAUUUCAAAGGUGAGGGUCAGCAUGGGAGAAAUCUUGGAUUUUGGGUACAGCCGGACACAGGGGUACAGUAAUCGAUACUAAUCUACCGGGUCAGUGUCCAGUGUUGCACUGCUGUUUGUGAGGCUGGCCUGGAAGGCAGGCACCUUCCGUUACUUUGUCCUUUAUUUAACACACACCGUACACAUGUAGUUAUUGCCUUCCAUCCCUCAGUCCCAUAGCAGUAAUCUAAAGCCUUCUACUUCCAAUAACCUGACCAUGCUAAAGCUACUAGCUUUAGUAAAACAUUCUUAGCUUCAAUUUUUCACUCUCAUUUCUACCUAUUCUUCUCUUCCCUUGAACGAUAUUGCUAUUAUAUUGUAAUUCCCUUCUAUUUGAAAUGUACUUAUUGACCUCUCACCUCAUGUUUGCUCUUCUCACUCUUGUUACUUUUAGCCUUAAAUUAAUCCCACUAAAAUUUUUAAAUUCACAUAUCUUUCAAAAUAGCUCAGUGGAAUGCAGUACAUACUAUAUAGAUUACAUGGUUGAAUACUGGGUUCCAGCAGAUGUCAACUUUACUGUAAAAAUAUGUUCUCAUACCUCCUACUGAUGAUGAUGAUGAUGAUUAUUAAUAAUAAUAAUAAUUAUUAUUAUUAUUAGACAUCUUUUAAACUGGAUAUGACAAUGCGGCUCAACCUGGCAUUAUGUAAAAUAACCAUAAUAUGUUAUUUUCAGUUUUAUUAUGCUGUGGGGGUUUAAAAAAGUAAUAGUAGCUGUGGACAUUUCUCUUUGUUCUCCUAAAUUGUCCAAAUUAAAUUGCUGUUGACUAUUAAGAACUUUACGUUUGUGUUCUGUUUAUUGGAGUUUGUUGGGGUCAUAUUCAGCCAUGUUUCUCUCCCAUGCUGCUUACUAACAAAUUGGUGUAUAAAAACAAUAGCUAUUGUGUUCCCCAAACUUUAUUUAAAAUAGUAACAUUUUCCUAUAAAGUAUUAUUAUAUUCCUCAAUCUUUUAAUAUAAUUGCUUGUUUGAACAUAUGUUCCACAUACCCAAGCAUACCCAGAUCUGAAAUACUAAAAAUUAUUUAGUCAGACUAUGAGAUAUUUUAGACAUUUUAUCUGUAAAAUGUGUAAAUAGUUUUUUUCCCCAAUUAGCAAUGUGUAAUUAAUUAGUAAUAUACUAACAGAUGUACCAGCAGACUGUGGUGAGGAUAUGUAUUCCUCAGCUCUCAUGUGUGAAUGCUAUGUUUUCUCUAAAUAUUGUAAAGUAUUACUAAAUUCCAUAUGGUAAUGUCCAGCAUACUGCUGAAAAUAUUAGCAUACUGGAAAAUAGGUAUGCUAAAUGUGUUUGUUAUCAUAUAUGAUUUAAUAUAGUUACCUGGGGUGGUUUAUAAAUGCUUAUUGAAAUAAAACAUCACUGCACCCCU